AUGGUGGAAACACCUCUUGCCUUUACUCACCACCCAGUGAGAGUUAUUCUGGAGCAGAAUGCUGAAGCAGAUGAUGAACAAACAUUUGUUACAAGGUCUGCCUGGCUUACGUAUGCUGGUCUCCUGGUGCCACUGUUUGCCAUUGGCCUGCCUUCAAAGCGAGUGCCUGUGGACGGUCCUCACACGGGUCGGGGCGGAAAGUUACGCGUUUCCACGAAGAGCUGCGUGGUGGGGGCAAAAGGAGCUUGGACUCAAAUUACACGAAACCAGGCUAAAGCGGCCAAUCUCCGAAUUUCAGGCGAAGGCUCCGCUGAGCUCCCUCCUGGAGACGGGGACGAGGGGAGCCUUUCCUGCCGCCGGGGCGCACGCUGCGGGCAGGGCCGGGCCGGGCGGGGUGCGAAGAGCCGUCGGUGCGGGCCGGGGGGCCGCGCCAAACACACGCGUGUGGCGGCCGGGGAGCCGCCCGCGGCCCGGCGGGGCGUGGGGAAGGAGGGAGCAGGGGCCGCGCCGGGUGCCCGCCCGGGCGGGGCGGGGCAGGGCCGGACGGGGACGGGGGCCCGGCGCGUCCCGCCCCGUGAGGGCGAGCGGCGGGCGAGGGCAGCGCGGUCGCCGCCGCCGCCGGGGCGCAGCUGCCCGCCCGCCGCUGGGCGCUGUGUGCGCGCUCGGAGCCGCGCUGCUGCCUGCCUGCCUGCCCGGACACGGACAGACGGACACGCCGACACACGCGCCCGCCGAGCGCUGCGCAUCCCGCGCCGACCCCGCUCCCUCCCCUCCCUGCCUCCCUCCCGCCCCGCCGGGACGCGCCGUCCCGCAGUUUCUCCGCGGGCGCCCAGGUGGCUGCUCCCCGCCCGCCCGGCCCGGCCCGGCCCGGCACGACUCGGCACGGCCCUCCGUGUCCUUGCCAGCCGGCGUCCCGCGGGCGCGGAGCCGAUGGCUCUGGGCGGGAGGAUGCGCCUGAGCCGCGUCUGCUGCGUGUUCUACCAGCUGUGCGUGCUGUCAAGCGGGCUCGCCGCAGGUAAGUGCGCGCCUUCCGUGGGACGGGACGGGACGGGCCGGGCUUGGGGCGGCCUCCGCGCCCCGGCGGCUGCCGGCGGACGGUACCUGCCCAUUGUUGAGAGCCGCGCCCGCCCCCUGCAACCGAUGGGGGGGUCAGAUAUUGCGCGCCUCGGCUGCGAGGGUGCUCAGCGCUCCUCUGUACGAGACCUGGUUUCCACAGGCAGCCCUGUCAUCCCUCUCGGCAGUGCCGUUCCUGGAGUGUGGGAUGAAUGUGUAAAUAAAACUGUUUCCUGUCUCGGUCCGGUGGAGGUUGUGUGUGGUGGUCGGGAAGCACAUCCCCAGCGACUGGUACAAACGCAAUUUCUCUCCUGCUUGGGUCCAGCUUUCUCUCAGUGCCAGGACUGUGGUGCGUCCCAGACGCAUCAGCAGGCACAGACACAUCUAGCAGCUGGUCCCCCUGCUGUGUGUAAGGACAGGAUGAAAGGGGCAAGUGAAGCCCCCUGUAUAUUUGUGUGGUGUGCCUGGUGGACUUGGAGUGAGAAGAAGCGUGUUGGGUGGGGGGGAGCACAGGGUAGGUUUUUGGCAGGCACUGGGUGCUGCUGGGUGCUCCACUCCUUUAAAGCAUCUGCUGGCUUUCCUGCAGGUCUCCAUGCUUCGGAAGAUACUGAGGAGUGGGAGAUCGUCUUCCCGGCACUGUGGAGCCCGGGCCAGCAGGAGCCAACAGGUGGCAGUGGUGGCGGUGGGGGCUGCAACGCCGACCCCAGCAGUGGGAACCGAAGCGGCACCUUCAGCGCCCCAGUCACGCCCAGCCCGGCGGCGGGCAGCUCCCGGGAGGUGCGCUCCGUCUCCUCCUCGGUGGAUGGGCAAGCGCAGGCUGUAGGGGAGGCAGCAGAGGAAGAGGACACUGAGGAUGAGUAUGAAUCUCAGGAGUUUUACCACUGGUCCCCACUACCCCAGGGGUCUGGCGCUGCCUCUCAGUUGCCACCACCACCAUCCCCUCCGCCGCCACCUCCCGCCGAGGAUGGAGAUGAGGUGCUGCUGAGGAUCCCAGCUUUUGCUCGGGAGCUCUACCUGCUGCUCAAGAGGGACAGCCGCUUCCUGGCUCCUGGCUUUGCCGUGGAGGAGCGGCUCGGGGGUGAGGGCAAAAGUCCACCCAGUGCUACCCAGUCACAGCCCGAGAGAGCUUGUUACUACAGUGGUGCUGUCCUCCGCUACCCAGGCUCCUUCGCCUCCUUCAGUACCUGUGGUGGAUUGAUGGGGUUUAUACAGAUCAAUGAGGACUUCAUAUUUAUUGAGCCACUCAAUCGCACUUUGGCUGUGACAGGUCACGCACACAGGGUGUACAGACGAAAAAGGUCCACAGAGGAGAAAGUCACCGAGAAGCCAGUUCCUCAGAAUCAGUACUGUGGUGUCGUUACAGAUAAAAGAAAAUCCAAGAACCAGAAAGUAUCAGAGAGUGGAAGAGGAAAGCGAUACUCUUACAAGUUACCUCAGGAGUACAAUAUAGAAACUGUUGUGGUGGCAGAUCCGGCUAUGGUUUCGUAUCAUGGAACAGAUGCUGCCAGAAGAUUUAUUCUAACUAUCUUGAACAUGGUUUUUAACCUUUUCCAGCACAAGAGUCUUGGACUUCAAGUAAAUCUUCGAGUGACUAAGCUUGUCCUCCUUCACGAGACUCCUGCAGAUAUGUAUAUUGGACAUCAUGGGGAAAAAAUGCUGGAAAGCUUUUGUAAAUGGCAACAUGAAGAAUUUGGCAAGAAGAAUGAUAUACACUUAGAAAUGUCAACAAGCUGGGGAGAAGACAUGUCUUCGAUUGAUGCAGCCAUACUGAUCACAAGGAAGGAUUUCUGUGUACAUAAAGAUGAACCCUGUGAUACUGUUGGUAUAGCGUAUCUGAGUGGAAUGUGCAGUGAAAAACGGAAAUGUAUCAUUGCAGAGGACAAUGGUCUGAACCUCGCUUUUACAAUUGCCCAUGAAAUGGGCCAUAACAUGGGGAUAAACCACGACAACGACCACCCAUCCUGUGCAGAUGGCGUCCAUAUCAUGUCUGGGGAGUGGAUUAAAGGACAGAAUCUUGGGGAUGUUUCAUGGUCUCAGUGCAGCAGGGAAGAUCUGGAAAGAUUUCUCAGGUCAAAGGCCAGUAAUUGUCUGGUACAGACGAAUCCUCAGAGCCUCAAUUCUGUGAUUAUUCCCUCCAAGCUCCCAGGAAUGACGUACACUGCAGAUGAACAGUGUCAGAUUCUUUUUGGACCAACUGCUUCCUUUUGCCAAGAAAUGCAGCAUGUCAUUUGCACUGGGUUGUGGUGUAAGGUGGAAAGUGAGAAGGAAUGCAAAACUAAGCUGGAUCCACCAAUGGAUGGAACAGACUGUGACACUGGAAAGUGGUGUAAGGCUGGAGAGUGCAUCAAUCGGACCUCCUUUGCGGAGCGGGCGGAGGGGGAGUGGAGCGCGUGGAGCACCUGCAGCCGCACCUGCAACACUGGAAUCAGCAGUCGACAGCGCAAAUGCCCUGGUUCAGGCCUUGAAGGAGAGUGUCACGGGCCCACGAUGCAGUAUAGGGUGUGUGAAAAUCCUUCUUGUCCUGCUGGUGUGCCUGCCUUCAGGGACUGGCAGUGCCAAGCUUUCAGUGUCAGGUCCUCGUAUCAGAAGCACGUGCACCAGUGGCAAGCCAUCAUCGACGACGAAAAACCUUGUGCCUUAUUCUGUUCACCGGCUGGAAAGGAUCAGCCCAUUCUUCUAACAGAAAAGGUGAUGGAUGGGACUUCCUGUGGCCAGCAUGGGCUAGAAAUCUGUGCAGAUGGCAGAUGCCAGAAAUUUGGCUGUGAUGGCAUAUUAGGAUCUCUGGCUCGUGAGGAUCAUUGUGGUGUAUGCAACGGUAAUGGAAAGUCAUGCAAAGUUAUUAAAGGUGAUUUCAACCAUACCAGAGGAGCAGGUUAUGUGGAAGCUUUGGUGAUACCUGCAGGAGCAAGGAGAAUCAAAGUUGUGGAAGAAAAACCAGCUCAUAGUUAUUUAGCUCUUCGGGAUGCUGGAAAACAGUCAAUCAAUAGUGACUGGAAGAUAGAGCAUUCUGGAACAUUCAAUAUUGCUGGGACCACUGUCCAUUAUGUUCGGAGAGGCCUCUGGGAGAAAAUAUCAGCCAAAGGUCCCACAACAUCACCUUUACAUUUACUGGUGCUGCUCUUCCACGACCAGAGCUAUGGUCUACACUAUGAGUACACAAUCCCACUGGAUCCCCUUCCUGAAAAUCAGAGCUCCAAAGUACCGGAGCCUCUUUUCAUGUGGACUCAUUCUACCUGGGAGGACUGUGAUGCUGUAUGUGGAGGAGGUGAAAGGAAGACGACAGUCUCUUGCACAAAGAUUAUGAACAAGAAUAUCAGUCUUGUGGACAACAAGAAGUGCAAAUAUUUGACAAAGCCUGAACCACAGAUCCGCAAGUGCAAUGAACAGCCCUGCCAGACCAGAUGGAUGAUGACAGAAUGGACACCGUGUUCAAGGACAUGUGGAAAAGGGACCCAGAACAGACAAGUAGCCUGCACACAGCAGCUCAGAAAUGGGACCCUGAUCAGAGCUAGAGAGAGGGAUUGUCUUGGGCCAAAGCCUGCUUCUGCACAGCGCUGUGAAGGCCAGGACUGCAUGACUGUGUGGGAGGCGGGAGUCUGGUCCGAGUGCUCUGUAAAAUGUGGUAGGGGAGUCCGGCAUCGAACUGUGAGAUGCACCAACCCACGCAAGAAAUGUGUUUUGUCCACAAGACCUAAAGAAGCAGAGGACUGUGAGGACUAUUCUAAAUGCUACGUCUGGAGAAUGGGAGACUGGUCUAAGUGCUCCGUUACCUGUGGCAAAGGGAUGCAGUCCCGAGUCAUCCAGUGCAUGCACAAGAUCACAGGGAGGCACGGCAAUGAAUGCUUUUCUUCAGAAAAGCCCGCAGCCUACAGACCCUGUCAUCUCCACCCCUGCAACGAGAAGAUUAACGUUAACACAAUAACAUCACCCAGGCUAGCUGCUUUAACAUUCAAGUGCCUGGGAGACCAGUGGCCUGUGUACUGCAGAGUGAUAAGGGAGAAGAACCUCUGUCAAGACAUGAGGUGGUAUCAGCGAUGCUGUGAGACGUGCAGGGACUUUUAUGCGCAAAAAAUGCAACAAAAGAGUUGACCUCUGUCAGGCUGGCUGGCCCUCAGCUCUUUGCAAUAUUAUUAUUUAUAAACACACACACACACACACACACACACACACACACACAUACACACACACAUGCUUUUUCAGACCAAAUAUUAUCAGAUGACAUAUAAUUUAAUCAAAUUAAUUUAUUUUUGCCUGCCAGACAUCCUUAAUGGUUUUGGUUAGAUGGCCAACAUGUUUUAUCCUCUGACAUUUUUGUAAUUAAUUUUUAUAAGAACACUUUUGAAUGCAUUAUCAGAAUUUUUUUAAAAAAAAUAGUAACUAGUAUUUUAAAUGUUUAUUUUCAGUAGGGUCAUCUCUGUUGCAAAAAGAAAAAAAAAAGUCAUGUUAUCUUGAAUUUAUUUUAAUUUAGCUGAAUAGUUUUGUUGUAUAUGGAAAUAAAGCCCUUUUUAAUUUUAUUAUAUUUUUGGCAUUCAGAGUCAGAAUGAUCUUGUGUAUUUUGCAACAGAUGUUGAGGUAAGCUAACAUUAUUGAACAGUUUAUUACAGAAUGUAUUGUGAAAUUAGUUCAUUUGAUUUAGAAACAUACUGAAGGGGAUAUUCUACUGUAACUUAUAACAUAUUAUAAACAAAAAAAUUAAGAUAGCUUAAGUAGAGAUUUUGAUCAUUCUCAUGGACACAUACUUGAACACAAGUAUUGAAUCAAUGAAACACUGUAGAGAUUUACACUGAAUCACUGUUGCACUGUUUGAGGUAGUGUAGAGAAAUGCAGUCCUAGAACUUGUACCAUCCUAUGAAUCCACGUCUGUACUGUUGUAAUACAUCACUUGAUUUUAAACAUUUAAAAAAAAAAAAUACAACCCAUGCCCCUCUAUACCUUUGUGUGUCCUCUUGCAGAUUUACAAAUGAGAGAAUCCUUUCUCCUGCCACUUGUAUGAAUUAAUCUGUUAAACAUUCUCAGUUCUCUGUUGAUGAUUUAGAAAAUAGCUUUGUAAUACUACUUUAGUUUUAUCUUUGUUUAAUGAAAAAGUCUUUAUAAAAAUUAAAUGUUUUACAGUUUUGUGAAACAUUAUGAAACAGCUAAGAUUUUCCUUAUGAGAAAAUAUUGUACAUGAUUCACAUGAUUUUUAGAUUUUCAAUAAAAAGUAAAGCUCCUUUUGU